AUGGAGUCCGAUUGUGUGGAGGGUGGUGAGUUUUUAAAAUGAUUUCAAUCAGCUGGCAUUAAAUUGCACUUUUCUCAGACUUUUUUUUAAAUUCAGGUUGCGCGCGAAACGUCUCCAUAACCAAAGUGGUUUUUUUCCGAGAUGUUAUUGAUAGUGGGCUUGGAAUAGCAUAGUUUCUUAAAUAAGUUCUGUCGGUAAUGACGGGCAGGUAAAUUAGAAAGUGGGAGUCUUAUAGUAUUAUAUGGCCAGGUCUUGGCCCGGCUUCCUACUAGGUUUGGUUUUGGUCCGAUUAGAGACAUUGGCCGGCACAUGUAGACCGCAGAAUCGGGGCCCAAACAGGGAGUCAGGACAUUUUUUGAUUAGUGGAUGGGGGAGGGGGUAAAAAUUUUUUAAAUGAAUAGAAGAAACCGUUUAAAAACUGAAAGCUUUUUGGUGGACGGAGACAAUUUUUACCCCUCUUACUGUAUGUUCGUAUAAUAUAACAUUGAUAACUAUUUUUAGUAACCGACUGUUUUGCGGAUGACCGAGACUCAAUGAACGAUUUUGCCAAGUAUUUUAACAAUGCCCAUCUCAGUGAUAUUACACUACAAGUGGGACCGGAACGGUAUGUUUUUUUGCACUCAAUUAUUGUUUAUUUUAAAAAUAUAAAGGACAGAAUGAAAUAAAUUAAUUGUUUUAAAAAUGUUUUUUUAAGUAUAAUUUUUUAGGUUUCUAGCUCAUAAAAUAAUAUUGUGUAAAAGUAGUGAGGUUUUCGACCGGAUGUUAUCGAAUGAUUGGCAGAAAGGAGUAAGUAAACGCUAGUUUUUCUCUAGCUAAGCUUGGCCCUCUCACUGUCCAGUCAAUGCCUUUUUCAAGCUCUACUAUAGCAAAAUGCUAGUUUAACACACCCCUACAACGUUCAUCUUGUCUUUUUGACUCUUCCUAACCCUUUUGCUACCUCUAUUAUAUUUUGGCCUUACUUUAAUUUUUCCUACACAGCCCUACUCUGCCAUGCUCUCAUUUCGCUGUUCCUACUCUGCUCUAUUCUAUUCUACCCUAACUUACACUAACUUGCCUUGCCUUACCCUACCCUACUCAAUAUACUAUUUCAGGAAAGCAACCUAACUUUGAAUGAAGAUGGUGAAUGUCAGAAGGUUUUCUCCGAUUUUCUCCGUUUUUUAUACUGUAACCAUAUCUCAUUGGAUACUCAAAACGUACUGCCAUUACUAAUGUUGGCUGACAAAUAUGCUGUAGCUGGUCUGCAGACUGUUUGUGUUCAACAUGCGAUUGAAAGUGUACUGCCACAGAUAUGUUUGCGACAACUUAUUCAUGUUUGGUUUAGGUAAGGGCUUUUUGUAGGCUAAAAGGGGUCUUAGAGUUCGUACAGUAUAGUCGACUGGUUGGAACCUCUAGAAGACCAAUAUCUAUGUAUUUCUUUAGAAUACACGGUUUAAUUUUGGUCAAAAAGUCUUUAGAAAACCCUUUAUUUACAAAGACUGCUGCAAAAACGCCUUAAAAACGUCAUUUUCAAGCUUUUCUACGUACUUUUUGACCAAAGUUUGUACUUAUCAACCAAAAUUUUAAAAGUUUACGUUGUCAUUGACAUUUACUGUCACUUUUUCAGGUAUUCAACAACGACAUUCCAUGACAAAUUGACGGAAAAAUGUGUGAAUCGUGUAGCCGAUAAGUUUGCCGACCUGAUAUCCUCGGGCGAUUGGGAAGAAGAUUGGCUAAAUUUGGACAGCGACCAACUCAUUGAGCUUCUGAAGUCAAACGAAUUGAGCUUGGACAGUGAGGUUUUUUAGGUUUUAAGAUACUAAUAAGACUAGAAAGUGUAGGGCUUGAAAAUAAUGAAAGAUUUUUUUAAUUAAAAAAUUUCAAAUAAAAAAAAAUUUUGUUUGCAAUUUUAAAAUUUAAAAAAAUUUAGACGAAUUUAAACUAUGGACAGCAUAUUGUCGUUGGCUUCGAUCUCCAAAGCAUCCCAACCGUUUCAAUGAUCACAACCUGGCUCAAAAGGUGUUACCUAAAAUACGAUUUCCGUUUAUGAGUGCUGAAGAGUUGGCAGACGUCGAAGCUUCUGAAGAGUUCAAAGCCUAUGAUGAUAUUCUACGACCAUUGACCCACCAGGCUUUUAAAUACAUUUCAAUGCCUCUGGGCAGUCGGGAAUCUAGGCAGUAAGUGGGUUUUGUUUUGGGUACAGUAUUGGCUUGAAUUCAAAAUUUUACGGCAUUAGGUUGUUCAAAUAAUUCUGUGCCUCCUAAGCCUGAAAAUUUGAAUAGGGGGCACAGAAGUAUUUGAACAACCUAAUAUGUCAGGUUGACUUUUCGGUACUAUCUAGUAUAUAAUAUGUCAUAUUAGAUCGUUCACAUAAUCCUGUGCCUUCUAAUUCCAAAAAUUUGCUGCAGUCGGGAGUCUAGGCAGUAAGUGGGGUUUUCUUUUGGAUACAGGGUUGAAUUGAAUUCAAAAUUUUACGGCAUUGUGUUGUUCAACUAAUUCUGUGCCCCUAGCUUUUAAAAUUGAUUUGAGAGGGGGCACUGAAUUAUUUGAGCAACGUUAUACAACAGAUUGACGCUUCGGUAAUAUCUAGUAUAAUAUGUUAUAUUAGAUUGUUCAAAUAAUUGUGUGCCCCCUGGCACUGAAAAUUUGCUUUGAGAGAGGGCACAGAAUUAUCUGAAAAACCUAAUAAAUAAGCUUUAAUUUUCGGUAACAUCUAGUAUAAUAUGUUAUAUUAGAUCGUUCACAUAAUCCUGUGCCCUCUAAUUCCGAAAAAUUACUUUGAGGGUUUCUUUAUUAUAAGUAAUCAUUUACUAUAUAUAAAACAAAACGUACUCUCAUUUAAACCCAUUUCCAGAGACUUCAACGGCCUUCAGUACGUGCUCCGUGAGUACAAAGCCUAUCGCUGGGACAAGCGCAUCCUCAUCGAUGGCGAACAACUGUCCCAAGCCCUCCAGAACCGUAACGAAUUUCAUGCCAAUUUCACUACGAAUGCCAGUACCGUGCCGAGAACACAUUGGGAAUGGCAAUUGACAUUUCGAACUGCGCCCACCACCUCCAGCUAUCUCGGUGCUCAGAGGGAGCUGGGUGUUGAUCUGACAGCGCUGGAUAUGGAUCAACAGAGGGCUGUUGAGUUCACUCUAAUGGUCAUUGAUGAUGAACAGGUAAGGGACAUUACAUCUAUUAGGUUGAUUUUUUUUCAACUUGUAAAAUACGUUCGAAUAAUUAUGUGCCUCUAAGUUCAAAAAUUUUUUUGAGAGGGGCGCAGAAUUAUUUAAAUAACAUAAUAAACCAGAUUGACUUUUCGGUACUAUUUAUUAUAAUAUGUCAUGUCAGAUCGUUCACAUAAUCCUGAUCCCUAAACUUUGCUUUGAGAGGAGGCACAUAAAUAUUUGAACAACCUAAUUUAUCAGGUUGUCUUUUGGACAAUAUCUAGUAUAAUAUGUUAUAUUAGAUUGUUACAUAAUUCUGUGCCCCUUAUCCCAAACAAUUGUUUCGAGAAAGGACACAGAAUUAUUUGAACAACCUAAUAUUAAUCGUGCACACAUUUUUUCUACUUUUUCGAUCAAAAAUAUUCUAAAACAAAAAUAAGUCACGUUACUUAACACUGCAUACUCGUUAUGACCUAUAAAACAUUGUUUUAGAUCCUCCAAACCUUCACAAGUCGUCGUACUUUCACAAAAUCUCGCUCAAACUAUUCUUUCGAACUCGAGAAUCGUAUGUCCCUGUCAGAGCUAACAUGCCCUGAAGGUGUGUUAUUGAAUCGAGGAAAGCUCAUUUUACAAAUCAUGUUCAGGCCAAUUGUUUAA